AAAAGAUAAUCCACAGAGUUUUCGCUCCUCAGUCAUGAAACGAGUUCCCAGACAACAAGCUCUACCUGUCACAUCCUCGCUCAUUAACUCUACAGGCCUGUCACACAUUAACUCCCGAUGAGAGGCGGAGCUCCGAGCAAGACGGCGCCAGGAUCAGCUGUGUACAAAAGCUGUGACGGAACAGUGUGUCCUACAUCUCCAGUUUUGUUUAAUGUACACCAUGAUGGAGCUGUUCAAGUGUCUGCUUGGGGUUGUUUUGGUUUGUGGCGUUUCUGCUCAGCAGUACUGGAUGCAGUCACCACUGCCACAGAAACACCUGCUCUUGCCUACUUUCCAGAAGCCUCAGCAGCAGUCAAACGUGCCCCCACCUGCUGUUCCAUUUCAUAAAUGUGUCCUGGAAGAGGCUGAGAAGAUCCAGUGUGGGAAUCCAGGGAUCACUGUUGAUCAGUGUCAAGACAUUAACUGCUGUUUUGAUGGGCACCUGUGCUACUAUGGGAAAGCGGUAACUGUACAGUGUACCAGGGAUGGCCAGUUUGUGGUGGUUGUGGCCAGAGAAGCCACUCGGCCACCCCUGGAUGUCAACUCGGUCAGUUUGCUUGAGCCAAAUGAAGCUUUCUGUGGACCAGUUGAUGGCACCUCUGCCUUUGCCAUCUUUCAGUUUCCUGUGACUGCAUGUGGAACAACACUUAAGCAGAAUGAUGAAGGUUAUGUUGUAUAUGAGAACCAUAUGGUGUCUUCGUAUGAGGUGGGAAUUGGACCCAAAGGCUCAAUCACCAGGGACAGCCAUUUUGAAUUGCUGUUCCAGUGUCUGUACUCAGGCACAACUGUGGAGGCUCUUGUCAUGGAAGUGAACCCUGUUCCUCCGCCACUGUCUGUUGCUGCUGCAGGACCCCUGAGAGUGGAGCUCAGACUGGGCAAUGGCCAGUGUAUUUCCAAAGGAUGUCUUAAUGAUGUGGCGGCAUAUAGUUCCUUCUACAGAUCUUCUGACUACCCGAUCUCUAAAGUUCUGAGAGAACCAGUUUAUGUUGAGGUCCGUCUCUUGGGGAGAUCUGACCCAAACAUUGUCCUGAACCUGGAACACUGCUGGGCCACUUCAACCCCAAACCCUCAAAGUGUACCACAGUGGGACCUUCUAGUGGAUGGGUAUGAAACUGUCCCGUACCAUGAUGACAGGUAUCACACCACAGUGAUUCCUCUGGAUGGCUCUUCUGGCCUCAAGUAUCCAACUCACUACAAACGUUUCAUCAGCCGGAUGUUCACCUUUGUGAAUUCUGAUGCCUACACUCCUCAGAAAGAUACGGUGUUUAUUCACUGUGCAACAGCUGUAUGCUAUCCAAGCAGUGAAAACUCCUGCGAACAGCAAUGCCACCGGCAAAGAAGAGCCACAGUGGAGAAGGUCCCCUCCAGCCAGAGGCUCCUGGUGUCAAGUGGUAAAGUGAUCCUGUUUGAAAAGUCCACAUCUCAUCAGAAGCAAUGAUCCAUUCAGUGCCAUAUGAACUGUUUUAAUAAAGCUGGCUGAAAGUCA